UAUCGUCUUCGUUUGCCGCAGCGACGUCGGUACCUACCGUACUUAGUGUUUGAGAGACAGUUUGCAUGCGUAUUGCGUCGGCGCACCUGUCAGUCGUUUAAGAACGCGCGGAUGAGUAGCGCGGACUCCUGCUCAACGGUAUCUAUUGAAAGCGAUCUGUGCGUUACGUGGUUCGAUUAAAAUAUUAGGAUCGCAAUAAAACACGAAAUGACUGUCAAAGAAAAGAUCGCCAUUAGCCACAUCAGCGGCAGCGCUGUCAGCCUCAGUCAAAAUGGAAGCACCGUCACAGAGCCUUACGGAAUGUUUCAAUCUCGGGAGCAGAUCCUGCCUCACACCAAGGGUCAGCUGGAUAUGGAGAGCGGAAAGACACGCGACGGACACAAAGUCAGGCAUCCAACUUCAUAUUGGGACACACUACUCCACAUCUUUAAAGGGAACAUUAGUAGUGGUUUGUUGGCGAUGGGAGACGCUUUCAAGAACGGAGGCAUUGUAUUCGCUCCUAUAAUGACAGCUAUUUUAGGAGUCAUCUGCGUACACGCACAACAUUUAUUGUUAAAUGGUUCAGAAGAAAUGCACAGACAAACUAAACAGGAUCGGCCACCAGGGUUUGCCGAAACGGUGUACUUGGCGUUCGCGAAAGGUCCCCUCAGGCUCCGGCCCCUUGCCACCACCAUGAAAAUCGUCGUCAACUUCUUCCUGUGUAUCACACAGCUCGGAUUCUGCUGCGUUUAUAUUGUAUUCAUCGCUAACAAUAUUAAACUGAUCUGCGACCAUUAUGAAGUGCACAUCGACCUGUCGAUUCACAUGAUUAUAGUCGUGAUUCCUGUCCUCCUGGCCUGCAUGGUGCGAAACCUUAAGUACCUUACUCCGUUCUCUACAAUCGCGAACAUCAUGAUGGCAGUCGGAGUUAGCGUCGUUAUUUACCAGGCGACCUUGGAUUUACCAUCGGUUCAUACGAGGAAUUACAUAGCAUCGUGGCAACAACUGCCUUUGUACUUCGGAACUGCUGUCUACGCUUUCGAAGGAAUUGGUUUGGUGCUCCCCUUGAAGAACGAGAUGAAGAAUCCCGAAGAGUUUCAAAAGCCGUUCGGAGUGCUCAACAUCGGAAUGAUCAUAGUGGGCUCCAUCUUCAUUACCGUUGGAUUCCUUGGUUACCUGAAGUGGGGUGAAGGAGUGGCGGGAAGUCUUACCUUGAACUUGGAGCCCGGUCACGUUUUGAGCAACGUAGUGCAAGUCUUGAUAGGCUGUGCUGUUCUGUUCACGUAUCCGCUUCAGUUCUACGUGCCCGUGGGCAUCACCUGGCCGGCGCUGAAGAAGAGAUGCGGUGAAAAAUGUCUCAUUGCCAAGGAGUUGGGCUAUAGGGCUCUAUUGGUGCUUUUGACUUUCAUCCUGGCGGAAUCCAUACCCGAACUGGGCCUAUUCAUCUCCUUGGUUGGUGCUGUAAGCAGUACAGCUCUGGCACUCGUGUUCCCACCGCUGGUCGAGUUGGUCGUGGCCUCUCAGAAGAAAGAAGGACUUUCUGUCUUCAUUAUCGUAAAGGACACUAUCAUCAUAUUAUUUGGAUUAUUCGUGUUCGUCACUGGUACAUUUCAGAGUAUCGCAAGUAUUGUAAGAGCAUUUAGAAUUUAAUUAUUAAUCUCGUAUUGCAGUCUACGAAGUGAUUGUUCAUAAUUUAAAAUUUCAUCGAUUUAUUUAUAAGUAACUUUCAGUGCACCGAAUUUCAAACUAUGUAUUAUAUAUAAUGAGUAUCUAAUAUUUUGGAAAUCACAGAAAUGUAUUGGAUCAAUUACUUUUAGCAAUUUACUAGUUAACAUAAUUAAUUAUUAUACAUAAGCUAAAUAAUAUUAUAGGUGUAAGUGAAGAGAAAGUUUUGAAAUGAAAUUAAUAAAUCACUAAGCCAAAUUGGAUGGAAAACACUAUUCAGUUAGUGAGCUAAGCAUAAAUAAUUGUUGUUUAUGCUCUGUCAAACUGUAACAUGAGGAAAAAAAGCACUGCGCUUUAUUUUUGUUGUUGAUCUUUAAUUCUUAAGUGCAUCGCGUGCAGAGUUUGUAACAUUAGUAAAAUAUUAUAAAAUUAAAUAUGAUUUCAUCAAUGAUCUUUAAGUAUAAUCGCUUUACGAAAUACCAGCUCGACUAAAUGUUUUCGAGAAAGUUUCCAAUACACCCUGUAUAUAAGCGCGGUCAUCGCGUUUUGUCCUGAACAUUUAAGCUUCAGUGACUGGCAACAUAAUUAUUACGAAUUUUAGUAAACUCUGUACUUGCUUAUAUGGUUUAUCCGUAAAAAUAUUUUAUGUAUUAUAUAAUCACACAACGCCUCUUAUAGUUAUAAAAAUAUAGCUCUCAAGCUAUAUUUUUUUCGAUGAUGCAUUAUUUGUUAAUUUUGUAGGUUAUAUAUAUUUAAGAAAACACCAGUAGUUUUUUGUCAGUCGAAUGGGGUAGGUAUCACCAUCCAUCGCCCGGCUCCGACCCCUGCAGGCGGCGGCCUCCCCCCGAUGAAGGUAUUACGAGGGGACCUGAGGGAGCGAGGCCGGACAGGGUUGUCGUUAAGUGUGUGGGCAUCUACCAUCUUUGACGCUGGUCUUUAGCGUCUACAGCUCGGCUCGUACCAUCAUCGACCGACGAAUCCCACAUAUAUCACGCGCCCCCUUAAGUCCGGGAGAGGCAGACGAAGAUAAGGCCCACCUGAUGGGGAGUGGUUACCGUCGCCCAUGGACUUCAGUAAUGCUAGGGACAGAGUCAAGCCGCUGUUAAGUACUCUUAAGUACUCGACGGAGGUUAUAUCUGGAGUAAAAAAAAUCCUAUCACCAUCAAUCAUUUCAAAUGUAUUAUAGUAUAGUGAUGGGGCUGGAGAUAUUCACAUUAUAGUGUCCAUGGGCUCCGGAAGACGCAUAACACCGAUAGGCGUGAGCUUUCCAUGUUUUUCUGCCAACACUUUGAACCAGUCUGUGUAUUUUAAGCUUUUAUUACUUUAAGCGAAUUAUUUUAAGGUGCUGUCUGAUUACAAUUUAACAAAACGUAGUCAUCUUCUUGUCCUUUUCCUACAUUAUGUGGGAUCAGUGAUGAAUGCUCUUUUGUGAUGUUGCAUAUGGAUUUGACAUGUGUUUUACGACCGGCUGCCUGGUUAACGUCAAACCUCGGGUUAUGUCUGCAUAUAUCUAUUGCCACGUGGUACAGUGAGGGACUUCUGUGUCUUCUGUAUGUGCUUCUUUUACCUACUUGAUCCAUAUUUUAUUAUAUGAUUUGAAUUUUAUUAUAAUAAACAUUUAAACUGAAAUUUAGAUUUUCAAACAUCAAAUUAUUAUUUUAUUUUCGUUUAUCUGUGUGUAAUAGUAGAGAUAUGAUUAAGAAAUUCAUUAAGAAAAGGUAGUAUAUGUGAGGAGAUUGCGUAACUAACUGUAAGUGAAAAAAAUGAAUAAUAACUAAUAUUAACUGAAUAGAAUUUAAAUGUUUCAUGAACUCUUUCUUAAAAAAACCUUUUUUAAAACUACUGUCACAUUUUUCCAGAUUAUAUUAUUAUGUACUCCAAAGAUAUUUGCGUCAGUAACUUUUAAAUCGAUUUCGGUGUAUGAGCAUAAACCUCUAUAUUAAUAAAUACCUUCAUGAAUAAGAAGCAUGUGCAAAACUCAUUUCAUAUUGUAAUUAGAUAGCGUCUUAAUAUAAUCCAUAUCAUAUAUUUUUAACAUAGGUGAUUACGUAAGUUGCAAGUUACCUAUUUAUGUGUUUUUAUUUUAAGAAUAUUAAUGUUUCUAGAAACAGUCUAGAAAAUUCUGUGAUUAUACUUAUGUACGUAAAUUUAAAAUAAAGAACUUUGUGAUUGUAAACAAUGCAUUGAUUGCAUUUUAUUGAUUAACAUGGGUAUUUCUAUAAUUUUAUGCAACUAUUUAUAACUGAUGUGAUUAAAAAAUUCGUCAUUGGCAUGACCAAUUUAAUUUGUAUCAUUUAAGUCGGCUUGUUCCGACUAAUUGUGUAGUGAUGAGUAAUUUCUUUCAUCACCGAUGGUUUUUAGUGGUAUCACGGCUUUUGAGCCGAUGAUAGUACAUGAAUAAAGGUGGUAAGUUUAAAUGGAAACGUGUUCCUAAAAUUAUUAUACACAUGCCAAUUUUAGAUAAAAAUGCACAUUAAUCGGGACCUAAGACCCUGUUAGUAUAUUAGUAACUUUGAAUUUCGGGUUUGCUUUGAUUAGCAUGAUGAGGACCCACCGUUUUUGUGCAAAAUUUAGUUUAUUGUAUUACUAAUACUGCUUCGACAUCCUCGACGGACUUGAUUCACGAACACCCGUAUCGAGGAGUAGGGGUCGUUCAUAAUAGGUUCUGUUCUAUGCAAGAUUUUCCACCCAUACGGCAACCAGCGCAAAUUUAGGUUAGUUUUUUAUUUGGUAUCAAACUGAUAUUGUAAGAAAUAUAGGUUAUUUUCUGUAAUUUAACGAUACGAAGGACAACAAUUAACUGUGAUACAGAUUGUUAUGCUGUAAUAAAGAUUUUAUAAUAGUAAUUUUAUGUAGUUUUCAUUCGCCUAUUGUGAUAUCGCUGGCCGUAACUUGUCGACUGCAUAAAGGUUGUAAUUGCCCCAUAGACAGCCCGCUGAGUUCCUGACCAGGUCUCCUGAGUGGGUCAUGAUUCUGAUCCGGUGGUAGAUUCCGCGGAGCACUGAUCUUACUAGGGCUGGUGUUAUCAAAUUCUCUCAGGUUGAACACGUGGGCUCACCUACUCAUCCGGGCGUAGCUAGAAUAGCCCCUUAGGUGAAAGCGAACCAGCGAAAAGGCGGGUUAAAAAAAAUUGUAUUUUAAAUAAAGACAACAAGUUGAAUUUUUAUUUAUUUAUUUAGCGCAGCUCACGCGGAGCAAAAUGAUUGAUCGCAUCAAUCAUCAAACUGGGGAAAAGCUUUACUUACAUUUGAUGCAUUACGCUAUAGAGAAAUACAUUUUAUGUGUGCCAUAUCAGCAAAUUUUGAAAUUGCCGAAAUAGGAUGAUCGGUAUAUGUGUUUAGUAGAAGAACGCACGUAUACCGAUCACAAUUUAUAAUAACAAUAAUCGUCGCGAGGACGAAAGUGGCUUCUAGAGAUACAAACCAACGACGUGCGGACAAGUUUAGAAUGAUUGUGAUAACAUCUUCGAAACGAGUUCGUACUACGGCACGUCCAGUUACUUGGUUAUUCUUAAACCUAAUUUACAGCACGUUCACAGAACACCUUACAACUACAACAACCAGGAAACGAGAUGUGUCGCCGUUGUCGAUCAAAACAAGCCAAUCAAUGUUAUCUAAAACGUGAAUCGCAGUCUACGCAGACAAACAAUAGCUUAGACUCGUGACAUUCCAGAUAACAUUACCAGAGUUCUUCACUCUCCCAGUUACAUUCGUAACAUCUAAACAAGUGCGUUUUAGGUGGUAAAUACACACGUUCCGUUCUCCUCGCUUUUUCAGAAACAAAUGUGCGACGAAUCUCAUAUCGCUGCCUUGUUUUUGAAAAGUUUAGGUAGGAGUAGGACUUCAAGUUUGACUCUGCUGGUAGAGACAGGGAUAGCUGGUAGGAAGAAGGCGAGGGGAGAAAACAAGAAAGGAAAGAUUGAAAAACAUAACAAAAGUAUAAACUGUGUAUCGUAUACAUUCUUAACAAUUUCAUUAGUUCGCAGAAUUCUUUAGUUAAUUCAGUACUUAGCGCAAAUGACUCUUCUCACCGGACGUCGCUUCAUGUUUCGAUCGCGUCUAAAAUCUCAUUUGCACUGUAUUGUUUUGAUGAUAGUACGACUACGAUACGAUCUUAGUACAUUUUGUUAAUCGUAACCAACUAUACGUGGCAGCAAUGUAGGAUGUGGCUGAGACGACAAUAUUAUUGAGUAUCAUUCGGCGCAUACUGUCACUUUAGAGACGUCAAGAAUACAAUGUGUAAGAAAUAGUUGAAUUUGGAUAAAAGAGAACAGAAGGAAAAGGGGAAAGGGGGAGGGGAAGGUUGCCAGAGCCUCGUUCGUUGGUCGGCAGGGUGCACCGCGGGCAGGUGAGGUUGGCUUUGGCUAGAUUGUUGGUAGUUUAGCCACUUACACCCC